AUGUUUUCCACUCCAGCGCUGCGCACCCACUGGCUCGCGUGCGUCGUGUUCAGCGUGCUGCUCCAAAGCCUCGUCCUUCUUGACCGCGUGGCCGGGCUUCCCUCGCAGCCGUCGGCGCUGUUCAGCACGGAGAGGAUGGGACUCGCAUCGGUCGACAAAGCUGCCGCCGACGCCCCGCAGAUCGCAGCGCCCCAACAAGCAGCAGCCCAGACAUCCAAGCCCGCACCUUUUGACCCGGUCUCGCCGAUCAAUCCGCCCGGACGCGGCUGCUUUAAUCCCGCGGAAUACACCGGCUCGUGGUUCUAG